AUGAUGCGAAACCAAACCUCAGUGACAGAGUUCAUUCUUCUUGGAUUAACAAACGAUGCCAAGCUUCAAGCUGUACUUUUCGUUUUCCUGCUGCUAACUUACAUCUUAAGUAUCACAGGAAAUGUCACAAUUAUCAUUCUGACCCUGAUGGAUUAUCGCCUCCAGACUCCUAUGUAUUUCUUUCUCCGAAACUUUGCUUUUUUGGAAGUAUCUUUUACAUCUGUAUUUGUUCCCAAAAUGUUAGUCAAUAUUGGAUCUGAAGACAAGACUAUCUCUUUUGCUAGUUGCUUCAUUCAGUAUUUUUUCGCAAUCUUGCUGGGAGCGACCGAAUUUUACCUUUUAGCUGCCAUGUCCUACGAUCGUUAUGUUGCUAUUUGCAGACCCCUGCAUUAUACAACUAGAAUGAGCUGGAGACUUUGUGUUGAGCUUGUUGUAUGUUCCUGGUUCUUUGGCUUUAUAGUUGUCAUUGUGCCAUAUACAAUGACUCUCCAGCUGCCUUUCUGUGGAUCCAACAUCAUCAACCAUUACUGCUGUGACUAUACUGUAUUGCUGCAUCUAUCUUGUUCAGACACACAUUUCAUAGAAGUGAUUCAGUUUGUCCUUGCUGCAGUGACUCUCAUCUUUACCCUGUUCCUGGUGAUUCUCUCCUACAUCUACAUUGUCAGGACCAUUCUGAGAAUCCCCUCUGUGCGAGAGAGAAAAAAAGCUUUUUCUACAUGUUCCUCUCAUAUGAUUGUGGUCUCACUUUCUUAUGGAAGCUGCAUCUUUAUGUAUAUAAAUCCUUCUGCAAAGAAUGCAGAAGUGUUUAAUAAAAGAGUGGCUGUUUUGAAUACCUCAGUUGCUCCUCUGUUGAACCCAUUCAUCUAUACUCUAAGGAACAAGCAAGUGAAAGUAGCAUUUAAAGGUAUGAUAAAUAAGAUAAUAUUUUCAAAACAGUGA